UCAGAUCCCAACGGAACCAACCUGAUUUUUUAUUCUUCCAUCGGUGCCUCUAGAGCUUUUGGUUCUCACAUUACAGCUCUCAUCUUUCAAAAUUGCCAUUUAUUAUCCACCUCUUGUGGUUUUUGUUCAUCUGUAUCCCUUCCAAUUCUCUUCAAUUCUUGAAAACCAAUUCACCUAAAGGGGCCAGGAUGAGUGCAAAAGCCAAAGUAGGGGGCAAUUUUGCAAAUCAAAAAGAUAGAAAGCAAAGGAAGAGGAGACAAAUUACCUUUCUUCUUUCUCUUUUGCAGAUGUGAAUGAACACUUUAGCUAAUUACAAGGAUUUAAAUUAAGACCCGCAAACCUCCAAAUUCCUUCAUACUCACCCCUACGUACUUCCAAUCCCGCCAUCUCUCUCUGUUAACGCAUUCGAAAGUUUUUAGUUAUCUUCUCAUGGAACCUUGAAUUUCUCGUUCUUGCUGCCAAGAGAAAAGGAAGAAGAAGAAAAUCUUCAUUAUAGCAUCAGAAAAUGUCUUUCGUUGCCGGUGUUAUCAUCGGAAUGUCCAUCGGGAUUGGAUUGAUGGUAGCAUAUGCUCGUUACACAAAUAUCCGAUCCUCUCGUCGCUCUCAAUUGGCCAAGACAGUGGCUGCAUUUGCCAGGAUGACAGUGCAAGAUUCGAGAAAACUUCUGCCAGAUGACUUCUAUCCAUCCUGGGUCGUCUUUUCACAGAGGCAAAAGUUAACUUGGCUGAAUCUACAACUUGACAAGAUUUGGCCUUAUGUUGACGAGGCAGCAUCAGAGUUGAUAAGAAGUAAUGUUGAGCCAAUUCUUGAACAAUAUAGACCGGCUAUAUUAUCAUCUCUCAAGUUUUCGAAAUUGACCCUUGGUACUGUGGCUCCACAGUUUACAGGAAUUUCCGUUCUCGAGCAAGGUGGAGAACCUGGGAGUGUCACAAUGGAGUUGGAGAUGCAAUGGGAUGGCAAUCCAAACAUUGUACUUGAUAUCAAUACAAGAGUUGGUGUAGCACUUCCCAUACAGGUAAAAAAUAUUGGAUUCGCUGGGGUUUUCAGGUUAAUCUUCAAGCCACUAGUUGAAGAGUUUCCUGGUUUUGGAGCUGUUUCUUAUUCGUUGAGAGAAAAGAAAAAGCUGGAUUUUACACUUAAAGUUAUUGGUGGUGAGUUAUCAGCAAUCCCUGGGAUUUCUGAUGCUAUUGAGGAAACAAUAAGGGAUGCUGUUGAAGAUUCUAUUACAUGGCCGGUUAGGAAAAUUGCAGCAAUAUUGCCCGGGGAUUAUAGUGACUUGGAGGUGAAGCCUGUUGGUAUAUUAGAGGUGAAGCUAGUGCAAGGCAAAGAGUUGACCAAUAAAGAUAUUAUUGGGAAAUCAGAUCCUUUCGCGACUUUGUUCAUUCGUCCUCUACGUGACAGAACAAAAACCAGCAAGACAAUUAAUAACCAAUUGAAUCCUAUCUGGAACGAACACUUCGAGUUCACAGUUGAAGAUCCCUUGACCCAGCGCUUGACUGUAAGGGUGUUUGAUGAUGAAGGAGUUCAGGCCUCCGAACUCAUUGGUUGUGCUCAAGUAGCACUAAGGGAUCUCGAACCUGGAAAAGUUAAGGAUGUAUGGUUGAAACUAGUCAAGGAUUUGGAGAUCCAGAGAGAUAAUAAAUAUAGGGGUCAGGUGCAGUUGGAACUCUUGUACUGUCCAUAUGGCACAGACAGCAGCCUUAAAAAUCCUUUUAAUCCUGAUUUCCAGCUGACCACCUUAGAGAAAGCUAUUAAGGCUGGAGCUAAUGAAACAGAUGAUGCUGCUCUAAAAAUGCCAACCUCUCAGAAGAAAAAUGUUAUCGUUCGAGGAGUACUAUCAGUUAAUGUAGUUGCUGCAGAAAACUUGCCAGCAGUAGACUUGAUGGGAAAGGCUGAUCCUUAUGUUGUCCUUCAGAUGAAAAAAUCUGACACAAAAGUCAAGACCAGGGUUGUAAAUGAGAGCCUCAAUCCAGUUUGGAAUCAAACAUUUGACUUUGUUGUAGAGGAUGCAUUACAUGAUAUGCUAAUUUUGGAAGUUUGGGACCAUGACACUUUUGGGAAGGAUAAAAUUGGAAGAUGCAUCAUGACACUCACCAGGGUUCUAUUAGAAGGGGAAGUUCAAGAAAGUUUUCCACUAGAUGGUGCUAAAUCAGGGAAGCUUAUUUUGCAUAUCAAGUGGACACCACAGCUAAAAUUCCGGGAUACUACUUGACAAAUCAGAUUAGAUUAAAGAAGCUUGUUCCAUACAAAUUAUCCCAGCUUGUUCUUCUCUCUGCAUACAAGAAGGUCAUACAAUAAGAUCUCAACACAUGUGAAUCAGUAAAAAUUAAAUAUGAAUAAAAAAAAUUAAAAAGGAGCUCAAGUUUUUGAUA